UCCAGAAAACAGAGAUUUUGAGCUUGAAGCUGAGACAAGCAAAUGCCUUCAACCUUCAAUCUCACCAAGAGUUUAUAUAAAUUUUAUUUUCUCUUUCUAAAUAAUCCCGAAAAAAUCUCUCUCUCCUUCCCUUCAAAUUUUUAGCUUAUCUUAAACUGUGGGUGCUUUGAAAUUUCAACUGGGGUGGGGGUAUCAAGUAUCAAUCUUUUUUGGGAUGCCUCGUUCAAGUUCAAGCAUGUGAAGGCAGCAUCUUUAUGCAAAAUUUUUACAUACCCUUUUUUUCCUUUGUGGGGUUUUCUUGGUUUUGGAUCAGUUUUGUUCUUGAGAGAUGAAUUCGAGUAGCGGAAAAGGAUCCAUGUCAGCUGCUAGCUCAAGUGCUGCUUGGAAAGCAGGAGAUGUAGUUCCUGAUCAGUUUCCUGCAGGUUUGCGUGUGCUUGUUGUUGAUGAUGAUCCAACUUGUCUCAUGAUCUUGGAAAAGAUGCUAAGAACUUGCCUUUAUGAAGUUACCAAAUGCAAUCGAGCAGAGACUGCAUUGUCUUUGCUACGAGAGAACAAAAAUGGGUUUGAUAUUGUUAUCAGUGAUGUCCACAUGCCGGAUAUGGAUGGAUUCAAACUUCUUGAGCAUAUUGGUUUAGAGAUGGACCUCCCUGUUAUCAUGAUGUCAGCAGAUGAUGGGAAACAUGUAGUUAUGAAGGGUGUUACACAUGGUGCCUGUGAUUAUCUUAUUAAACCAGUUCGUAUCGAGGCGCUGAAGAACAUAUGGCAGCAUGUGGUUCGGAAGAGGAAGAAUGAGUGGAAGGACUUUGAGCAAUCAGGAAGUGUAGAAGAAGGAGAUCGGCAGCCCAAACAAUCUGAAGAGGCAGAUUACUCAUCCUCAGCUAAUGAAGGGAAUUGGAAAAGCUCAAAAAAGCGGAAGGAUGAUGAUGAUGAAGCUGAGGAGAGGGAUGAUACAUCCACAUUGAAGAAGCCGAGGGUUGUCUGGUCUGUUGAGCUCCAUCAACAGUUUGUUGCAGCAGUUAAUCAACUAGGCAUUGACAAGGCUGUUCCAAAGAAAAUUUUGGAGUUGAUGAAUGUUCCUGGUCUUACCAGAGAAAAUGUUGCGAGUCACCUUCAGAAAUAUCGCUUGUAUCUUAGAAGGCUGAGUGGGGUAUCGCAGCAUCAGAGUAAUCUGAAUAAUUCUUUUAUGAGCCCCCAAGAAGCAACUUUUGGGCCACUGUCUCCACUCAAUGGACUUGAUCUUCAAACUCUUGCUGCAACUGGUCAACUUCCUGCACCAAGUCUUGCCACACUCCAAGCAGCAGGGCUUGGUCGGUCAACUGCUAAAUCUGGCAUAGCUAUGCCCCUUGUUGAUCAAAGAAACAUUUUUAGCUUUGAAAACCCGAAGUUGAGAUUUGGAGAAGGGCAGCAACAACAUAUGAACAAUAACAAACAAUUAAAUUUACUUCAUGGAAUUCCUACAACUAUGGAGCCAAAGCAGCUUGCCAGCUUGCACCACUCUGCUCAAUCAAUAGGAAACAUAAAUAUGCAUGUCACUUCCCAUGGCGUGCAAGGUAGCCAAAAUAAUUCUUUAUUAAUCCAGAUGGCUCAACCACAGCCACGAGGGCAGAUACUCAAUGAUUCUACUGGUAGUCAUGCUCCCAGGCUUCCGUCAACCUUGGGACAGCCUAUUUUAUCAAAUGGAAUUGCUGCUAAUGUCUCUACAAGAAAUGGAAUUCCAGAAAAUAUCAGAGGCCCUGGUUACAAUCCAGUUUCACAGACCUCUUCACUGUUGAAUUUCCCUAUGAAUCACACUUCAGAACUUCCUGGUAAUAGUUUCCCUCUUGGAACUACACCAGGGAUAUCUAGUCUCACAUCCAAAGGGGCCUUUCAGGAAGAUAUUAACUCAGACGUAAAAGGAUCAGGAGGAUUCAUGCCAAGUUAUGACAUAUUUAAUGACUUGAAUCAACAUAAACCCCAAAAUUGGGAGCUACAGAAUGUAGGCAUGACAUUUGAUGCCUCUCAGCAUUCAAACUCCCUUCAAGGCAACCUUGAUCUUGCACAAUCAAUUUUGGUUCAACAAGGAUUUUCUUCUGGCCAAAUGAACGGACAGAACAGGAGCGCUGCUGUUGUAAGCAAGGCAAUGUUCUCUGCAGGAGAUUGUACAGAGCAGGGGAAUGCACAAAAUGUUAAUCAUCAUCUCAACAAUCUUCUUGUUGACAAUACAAUAAGGAUCAAGUCUGAGAGAGUUGCCGAUGCUGGCCCUGCCAAUCUAUUCCCUGAUCACUUUGGACAAGAGGAUCUCAUGAGUGCUCUUCUAAAACAGCAAGACGGUAUUGCACCAGCUGAAAAUGAGUUUGAUUUUGAUGGGUAUUCCAUGGAUAAUAUUCCAGUGUAGGGGAUCUUCCAUGCUCCAGUUCUCUUCAUGAUUGCAGUUUCAGAUGUACAUACUCACUGUAACAGACAUAUCUCUUUCGCAAUCAGUCAGUGGGACCUCAAGUUUCUCUUUCUUCAAGGAACUAUGUUUGCUUAGUUUCAAGAACAGCAUCUUCCUCUGUGAAUGUCAUGUUGUGCUGGUUUCUUUUGAACAUAACAGGACCAGAUGAACUGAUAAUCAGGAUGGAUCAGUUACCAUUGGAAGAUAAUUCUGAAGCAUGUAAGAUACAUCUGCAUGAUAUGCAAAGGCAUUCAUGCAAAAUUUUGAUUGUUUUUGGUAGCAAAAUCUGGCAGGAAGCAACUAAUUUUAGGGUGCUUUUAAAGGUGUCAAGCAGGAUACAUGCCAAGUUGUGGAGGCGUUGUUUCUAGAUGUCUGCAGACCGUAGGAGACUUUCUAACUUUAAUAACAGAUGAAGUUUGCUCUUUCUUUUUUUUUUUUUUUUUCAUCACAUCUCUUUCUUCAAGGGGGGAUGCUAUCCUAUCUCCUUUUUGUUUACUUUUAUUGUUUCUUUCUCAAGGAAUUGACUGUCAUGUAAAUACCAUUUGAUUGCUCUAGACAUAAGUCUGGGUAUUCAUUUCUGGCUAUUUUCUCGCCCUGAAUUUUCAUGAGAUCCUCAUUUCUGCUUUCA